AUGGCCCCCGAACCCCCCAAGUCUGCUGCCGCUUGCUCUGUUCGAGACAGGAGACAGAAGACAGGCAGUGACUGGUUCGAGGUUGACCACGGCCCAGAGGGUUCGCGGCCUCGUCUUUACACCUGCGCCGCGGUUCGGACGCGCCCGUCUCACCCGUCCAACCACCAUACCAAGUCCUGCACCUCUCCAAGCCGCGGGAAGUCGGUACUCCUUCUCGAGACUAAGAGCCGCGCCGGUGGUGGAUGUGAGGCCGACUACCAAGACCGCCUCGGUCAAAACUCAACGUGGCUGACGGCCAGACACCCAAGAGAGGGCUCACAACCACAUUGA